CUCACUGCCUCCAUUGAGGAAUGGCUUCUAAGGAUGGCCAAGACCCACGAAUAGCAAGAAUCAAAUCUGCAAUCAGGGUCAUCCCAAACUUUCCUAAGCAAGGUAAUAUGUUUCAAGAUAUAACCACGUUACUUCUUGAUACAAAAGCUUUCAAAGAUACAAUUGACUUGUUUGUGGAGAGGUACAUAGAUAAAAACAUUACUGUUGUGGCAGGCCUUGAAGCAAAAGGCUUCAUAUUUGGCUCGCCUAUUGCGUUAGCUCUUGGAGCAAAAUUUGUCCCAAUGAGGAAACACAAUAAACUGCCAGGGGCUGUACAACCAGGAGCACGAGCCAUUGUCAUAGAUGAUCAAAUUGUUACUGGGGGAAGUUUAUACGCUGCAUUUAAGCUACUAGAACGUGCUGGGGUGCAUGUGGUUGAGUGUGCUUGCGUGAUUGAAUUCCCAGAGUUGAAGGGGCGGGAAAAGCUGGGCGACAAAUCACUGUUUGCGUUAAUUAAUGCAUCCUGAUCUCCGUGUUUUUUGUGAUUGAGAUUGUGACGGUAAUUUAUUUGCUGAGCAUGUGAGUUCUUAAUUUCUUGGAGCUCUAUUGGUGGCUGCAUAUAUUUCCUUAAGAUAUUUUGAUAUUAAGGAAUGGUGGGGAUGGCUAUAACAAAGGUUUUGGUUGUAAAAGAUGCUAAUAUUUAUGUUUAUUGGCAUCGUCACAUGGGAGAUAUGUCCAUGUUCCAGUUUCAACUUUUACUAUUACUUCGACGUAUAUGUAAUUUUAUUUUG